AUGACAAGAUGCGACUUGUGCGGGACGCAAAAGGGGGAAACCUAUGGCUCCAUCUACGACGUUGGCAUGGUGUGUCAUCGAUGCUCGCUUCUUUCCAUGGCAGGGGCCGAGAUGGCCAUGAUGCCGCAUUGCCCCAAAGUCCCGGAUGACAUUGAUCCAGAGGUUCUGUCAAUACAACAAAGGGCGCUGGCGCGGGAACCCUUGACGGCCGUCGAAUACGAAGCUUGGGUGGAAAGUUGCGGAAACCCAACCAAAGGAAGACUGAAGGUCAUGGAAAUCUUUGCCGAAAAGAAGAUUGAGCGAUGGUUUGAAGACCACGGUGGCUCUGUUCAAAUCAGGUUAAGUCCGGAUCCUAUUCCAUUCGAGCUCCUCAGGGCAUGUGCCAUGAAACAUCCACCUACUAGCCAAGUUGAUAUCCCCGGAAUCAGUGUGGAAAUGGCCAAAGCCGUUAUCCAAAGCUUUCGUGUCCUGAUUCUAGUGCUACAUCACCACCCGGAUAUGGGAGAGAUUGCGAAUGGAGUUUUCGUGGGACAUGAAUGCGACUAUUGCGGAAAAGUUUUGGAGUCCAUCAGGCGAUGUUCCCGUUGUAAAAAGAAAAAGUAUUGCAACAGAGACUGUCAAAAAUCCCAUUGGAGGGAACACAAAAAGGUGUGCCAACCGGCCAAAUGA